ACUGAUAUCUGCUUCUUGUGAGAUUUUGGGGAUAUCCAUAUUCAUUUAUAAUUUAGAAAUGUAUUCAUGCAUCUCCCCGUAGCAGAGUCAUUAUUAAUGAUGCAAAAAGUGGUAACGAAGCUGCAAUUUAAUAGGCAAGUAAAGUGUUUGAUUUGUUGGGAAUUGUCCAGAGUAGCUUUAGAUACUUUGGAUGGUAAAAUCCAUUUACAUUUCUUUAAAGGAAAAAAAAAAAGGUGAGGAUUCCUUGCAACUAUUCUUGCUUUAUUUAUCCAGAAUGGGGAAGGAGAGAGGAAUUAAAAUUAAUGCCAAGGAAAAUGGAUGCUAUUACAGUAGCCUGAAAGGAGCAUACUGCAGAAAUGCAGAAAAAUUAUACAAAGGUAAUGAGAUGAAAAAACUGAGGCAACACCUAUACUUUACCAGGUUGAAAAGGUAUUGAAAGUGCACAUUGAAAUUGAAUAUUUGUAUGCAGAAAGCUACUUGUUACACACGUGGGGCCCAAUCCAGCAAACACUUAUUGUUCUCAUGAGUAGUCUGCUUUGGACCUGUGCUCUGUAUAGCAUUUAGUUACAGGCUGAACAAAAGUGAUAGUACUUCAGCAUUUGUCACCUUAUUGAAAAUGUGAUGCAUGAAAAUUAGUCAUUACCAGGUCUGAGUGAUAUUUCAACCUCCAGACAUGUUUAGACCCCAGCCAUGAAUCUUGUAAUGUUACUAUAACUAUAACUGUGAUGGGCCUAAUUCUGACUCUCUUCCUGAUGUGGAGAAGCACCUUAUUCUACAACUAGCCCUAUUUAUUUAAAUUGAGAGUAAGGUUCUAUUCAUUGUAAUGAGGGAAGAAUAUGAAUGAUUUGUUUUGAACCCAGUUCAUCCCACUUGCUGCAUUCUUCCUCAAAUGGUUCAGAAAAUUGUAAGUUUCCCCUUCAUGAAGAAAACAGCAGUGGGGAAAAAAUAGGACUCAAUAAUUGUACAUGCCAGUCCUAUAAAACAAAACAGGCUCAAAAUUCACAAUAAAAUGCUGGAGGGAAUGCCAUGGUAGCAGGAUAUUCUCCACUUCUGGGAUUGUCCAAAAUCAAGAGACAUCUGGCUAAAACUGGAAAAUUGGUGCAAGAGUUAUUUCAGAGUAUAUACUCCCAACACUGAAUAUUAUGGGGUUAGGUAAAUGAUUAAGUUAGGAUGUACAAAAAAUUGAGCACACACAGAUCUCUGUUUGGAAUCCUUGUGACUGUAGCUAAUAAAGGUAUUCAGUAAUUAUGGCUCCCGUCCUGCCAUUGGAUUCAUGUGAGUGGACCUGUGCUAAGCCCCGUUAACUUCAAAGGAGCUCUGUACAGACAUAAGGGUGCACCUGCACUGAUCUACUUGCAAGAUCAAAGCCCGAUGUUGCGAAGAAUACCCAACAUCAAUAUGUAGUUCACAAGAAAAAUUCAGUUAUGUGCAUAUAACUUGGAUGUUUUUAGGUGCAACCAGAGGAAUUUUCUUGAUGCUAUCGUUGCUGAAAAAAAAUCGCAUCCUCUUACAAGAUACAUAUUAAUAGAAAAUUAUUGCUUUUCUACUGACAUCCUUCAAAUCUGCACAUACAGUCUGCUGAUUAUAAACUAACUGGUGUACUGUAACAUCUUUAAGCUUUUUAACAGGGCUGACACACACACACACGGCAAUCACGGAGCAGAGCAGAUGAUGUUUGCAGGGCAGGUAUGUGAAGAACUGCACUGACUCCAGCUGCUCCCUGUUACAAUGUGAGCAUGUAUAAUGUCAGACCUUCUACAAGAUCAAGCACAAGCAGAAAAAUCCAUACAAACUGAAUUCUUAGUCUUGUGGAGACGGAAAAGACAAAUUAACUAUUUAGUCCAUCGGAUUAUACGUGCCGGCUGCACCCUCCUCCAGUCAUUGCCAAUUGUUAUGGGAUCUAAACAAAUAAAAUAAAAUGCUUUUUGAAGAAAUGAAGGGGGUGAGAACUUUCCAUAUUUGGUUGCUAUGCAGCAGAAAUAAUUUAAAUACUUAAGCUAGCUAAUAAGGAAAGGAAAUAUACGUGUGGCCACCAGUUCAUUCAAAAGUAUCAGGAGACUAAACCAAUCCCUUUUUUCUGUGCUAAGUGUAAUAAUGAACCUGAACCAGGUGGGAGACCUCUCUGCUCUCAAAUUACUGAAAUAUUUGCUUUUUCCAGAGAGAGAACUGGAGUGAUUCUUCUAGGAUCACCAUUAUACUGUAUUUAUUCACACAUUAAAGCUGUCUGCAGUAGUUCGGUUUAGCAGGACAAGCAAGGCUGACUCAGGAUCACGUGGUCCAGCUUUUUGAAUGAUUAAAGGCAGUGUGUAUCUGGGGUGCAGAACAACAGAAAUUCAUGAAAGAGACAUUAAGAAUUUCAACAGUCUCCCAGGGACUCAUCUUGAGAGAAAAGAAAAGAAAAAAAAAAAGCCCAACAACAUGUAAGUCAGAAAAUGGCUCAGUCAAGCAGGAUCAUGGGAACAGCUUAAAAGAAACUAGUUCCUUCUCCUGGCAGUGUUGCCACUUCAAGAGAUUGUCUCUCAAAAUGUUGGCUAGUCCCCAGUGCUUCAGGCUGGAGAACAGGCGCUUACUAAGCCGAUCACAUUGAGGAGAUGUUUCUGUUGGUGGCAGUAGCAGAAGUGCUGUUCGUUCUGGGUUUGGUGUGGAAGUCAGAUUCUCUUUGCUCACCCACUACUUUUUACAAAAACUGCUGGAUCCGACGCUUCCCGGGUCUUUUGGUUGAUCUGGAGGAAUCUCAGAAGAGGGGAGCCCAGGUGCUGAAGAUUUACACAGAAGUCACAGCCCAGCAGUGCAGCCGGACCUGCUGCCUUCUGAAGAAUGUUUCCUGUAACCUGGCAGUUUUCUACUUUGAAACUAUCCAUGAGAAAAUUAAUUGCCUGCACAUUUAUUGUCCAGCCUUGGAAAGCUGCAUAUUGAGGGCUAGAACCAAUGUCCUUUUGUACAACAUCACAACAGGGAUUGAUCCGGAUCUUCUUGUUUUUGAAAAAUUGUCUUAUAAGGAUCCAAAUACCCGUUCCUCUUUUAACAAGUGGGAAAGGCAAAACAACUCCAGGACUGCUGAUUCAGAAAAAUGCCGACACAAUAAUGUCACACUGAGGUCUCUUCUACUCCAGUCUCCAUCUUCUACCACUAGCCAGGGCUUGGUAGCAAAUGAUAGUCAUAGCCACAAUGCAAGUGGCUUGGUCCCAAAAACCAAACCAACCACACGUUCAUGGGCAAGGUCUCUACCCUUGGAUGACCAUUUUGCUAAGGAGACGGAUUUGACUUCAGAAAGUACAGGUUUGACAUCUAAUUCAGACAAAAAGAUGUCUGUAUCCACUAAGAUGUUAUCUCAUGUGCCCAGUCCUGCUCGCCUAAACAUCAGUCAGCAGCACUUCAAUGAAACCAAAGGAUACAGUGGCAGGAACUACACUUCAGAUAACGAGGGUCAAAGACCUGCUUGGGUGGCAGUGGAUACAGGUGCCUGGUUUGUCCCUCUGGUGCUUUGCGCUUCUUUCAUCUUCCUUUGCUGUUGUACUGUUCUUCUGGCAGCUGGGCGCUGCAGAAAGAGGAGAGGGCACUAUAAGCCAGUGCAGAGAGGAGAGGGGGGGUCCAGGCAGUACAUAAAAUAUACUCUUGUAAAGGAUAGUUUGUAAUAGAUACUGAAAAAGUAAUAAGGAGCUAAAUAACCUGCAUCACUCAUGUUGGUGGAGAAAGAGGCAGCAGCCGUAUUUAGUGAAAUACCUCUCAGCUUAUUUCUUGGGGGUUUCCCUUUGGAGAUUUUGAACUAUUUUUUGGCAGAUGUCUCAGCAGCUUUUGAUAAGUGUCGACUAAACAUCCUGUUAUAAUUCUUUUUACUACCCACUGAUCCAAAGAGAUAUAGGGCCAAAUUCUAGUCACAUCUACAUGCUCACAACUUCCACUGAACUCAGAGGUAUUUCUACAUACCUUUGUUUAUAAUUUGAUCAAGAGUAAAGCUAGAAUCCUUUCCUAACCUCUCUGUAGAGACAGUGGGCUUGAUUCUCCACUUCCUCUGUG